UUUCCCGUCCCUCUCUCUCUCUCCCUCUCCCUCUCCCUCUCCCUCUCCCUCGUGCUUGUAAUCAGCGCGGCGCACGUUAGCUUCUUCGGUCUCUAUCCUACGCCCCCGGAGGGAAGUAAAAUCGAGGGUUAGGGUUUUGAUGCUUUGGAGGGGAUCAUCGGAAUCCGUCAAACGGAUUAAAAGUUCGGGUUGGAUCGUCCUAUGGCAAAUUCCGGAGUUGGAAAUAAAUUUGUUUCAGUCAAUCUGAACAAGUCCUAUGGCCAACAACCAUCUAAACAUCACUACCAUUCACAUCAUUCGGGUUCUAAUGGGUCGAAUCGGGCACGACCCGGUGCUGGCGGUGGAGGAGGGGGAGGAAUGGUGGUUCUUUCACGGCCUCGUAGCUCCCAAAAGGCUGCGCCCAAGUUAUCUGUUCCACCUCCCUUGAAUUUACCAUCCUUGCGAAAGGAGCAUGAGCGAUUUGAUUCGCUGGGCCCCGGUGGUCUGCCUGCCAGUGGAGGGAUUUCCGGUAGUGGGCCAACGCCUACUUCAUCGGGGAUGGGAUGGACUAAGCCCGGUACAGUUGCUUUGCAGGAGAAAGAAGGGUUGAUUGGUGGUGGUGAUCAUGUGAAUGAGGGGGUUGAUCAGGGUUUGAAUGUUGGUGAUGUGGUCAGUAGGGGAAGUAGUGGUGUUUAUAUGCCGCCUUCGGCUAGGUCAGGUGUGGCAGGGCCAACUUCCUCGGUGACUGCUUCAGCUCAAGGUUUUCCGCCUUUGGAUAAAGCUACAGUGUUGAGGGGUGAGGAUUUUCCUUCAUUGCAGGCAGCUUUGCCUAUUGUAUUAGGGGUUGAAAAGAAACAGAAGGAUGGUGUGAAUCAGAAGCAGAAGCAAUUGCCAAUUGAGGAGUUGUCUAAUGAGCGUACGGAUGGUUAUUGUUCGAGUUCAGUUAUUGAUAUGCGUCCUCAAUUGCAGUCAGGAAGAAUUGCUGUUGUCAAUGGAUUGAGUGAGAAUGACGGUGAAGUUCAUGGUGUAAGUGGUUCUCGCUUAUUAGAGCAAGGUAAGAAGCAGGAUGAGUUCUUCCCGGGGCCACUUCCAUUGGUUCGCUUGAAUCCUAGAUCUGAUUGGGCUGAUGAUGAACGUGAUACAGGUCGGGCUUUUACAGACCGUGGGAGGGAUCAUGGGUAUUCAAAAAUCGAAGCUUACUGGGAUAGAGAUUUUGAUAUGCCAAGGGUUGGUGUGCUGCCACACAAACCAGCUCGUAGUCUUGUUGACAGGUGGGGACCGCGUGACAAUGAAACUGGACGUACUUCUUCCAGUGAAGUCGCUAAAUUGGACCCUUAUGGCAGAAAGGCAAAAACACCAAGUAGAGAAGGGCGGGAAGGGAACGCAUGGAAAUCUUCUUCCCCUCUUCCUAAAGAGGGAAUUGGUUCUCAUGAGAUUGCAAGUGACAGAAAUAUCAUUGGCACAAGGCUUUCAAGUAUGAACAGAGAAAAGGAGAAUAAGUACAUUUCAUCGCCUUUUCGGGACAAUACGCGGAAGAUAAUGGAAGGAGAGAUGUGGGUUAUGGAAACGAUGGAAGACAAGCUUGGAACAACAACAGAUUCAUUUAGUAGUAGAGGGUCUGAGAGGAAUACAAGGGAGCGUUAUGGCAAUGAGCAAUACAAUAGAUACAAAGUUGAUGCUUUCCAGAAUAGUUUUUUAUCAAAAUCAUCUUUUCCUUUGGGUGGUAAAGGACUUCCUGUUAAUGAUCCUAUACUAAAUUUCGGUAGAGAGAAACGUCCGUUGUCCAAGAAUGAAAAACCUUAUCUAGAAGACCCUUUCAUGAAGGACUUUGAUGCUACUGGAUUUGAUGGACGGGAUUCUUUUGCAGGAAAUCUUGUUGGGGUCGUUAAGAGGAAGAAAGAUAUGCUUAAACAAACUGAUUUUUAUGACCCUGUCAGGGAAUCAUUUGAGGCUGAACUUGAGAGAGUGCAGAAGAUGCAGGAACAGGAGCGGCAGCGAAUUAUUGAAGAACAGGAAAGAGCUUUGGAGCAAGCUCGUAGAGAAGAAGAGGAGAGACUGUGGUUGGCUAGGGAACGAGAAGAACAGCAGAGAAGGUUAGAAGAAGAAGCUCGGGAAGCUGCAUGGAGAGCUGAAGAACAGAGGAUAGCUAGAGAAGAGGAAAAACGCAGGAUUCUUAUGGAGGAGGAAAGGAGAAAACAGGCUGCUAAACAAAAACUCUUAGAGUUGGAGGAAAGAAUUGCCAAGAGGCAGGCUGAAACAACGAAGGGUGGUGGUAAUUUUUCUGCUGGAGCAGAUGAGAAAAUUUCAGGAAUGGGGAAAGAAAGAGAUAUACCUAAAGCAACAGAUGUUGGUGAUCGGGAAGAUGGUGAAAGGGUGGUGGAAAGAAUCACAACUUCAGCUUCUUCUGAUUCAUCUGGUCUAAAUAGACCCUUUGGGAUGACUUCUAGGCCUCACUUCUCUAAUGCCUCUUCUGCAUUUUCAGAUAGAAGUAAGCCCUUUAAUUCAUGGAGAAGAGAUGUAUUUGAGAAUGGAAACAGCUCAGCCUUCACUGGGCAAGAGAUAGAGAAUGGUCACCAUAGCCCUAGGCGAGAUGGAUCUAUUGGGGGUAGGCCAUUUCCAAGGAAGGAGUUUUAUGGAGCACCUCCAUUCAUGUCUGCCAGGCCUUAUUAUAGAGCAGGGGUUCCAGAACCCCACAUGGAUGACUAUGGUCAGCCAAGGGGUCAGAGGUGGAAUGUUUCUGGGGAUGGUGAUCACUAUGGCAGAAAUGCUGAGAUUGAAUCCGAAUAUCAUGAGAAUCUAGCUGAGAAUUAUGGUGAUGUAAAAUGGGGGCAGAGUUCUCGUGGUAAUAUUUAUCCUCCCUACCCUGAAAGGUUCUAUCACAACCCUGAGGGUGAUGCGCUUUAUUCCUUUGGGAGGUCCCGACACUCUGUGAGGCAGCCUCGUGUCUUACCUCCUCCAUCUUUGUCUUCAAUGCAGAAAGCCUCAUAUAGAGGUGAGAAUGAGCGUCCUGGUCCCUCAACAUUCCUAGAAAAUGAGAUACAGUACAAUUAUGCAACAAGAGGUGGACCUGGCAUAGAGAGAGUUUAUGAUAGUGGUUAUCAGGACAAACUUGGACAGCAUGGAAUUAUUGAUACUCAGCCUGAGAAUACUGAUAACGAAGCGCAGAAAGUGGAUGGCAAUGCGGCAAGGUGUGACUCACAGUCAUCCCUAUCUGUUUCAAGCCCCCCAGAUUCCCCAAUUCAUCUUUCUCAUGAUGACUUAGACGAGUCUGGAGAUUCUACAGUGUUAUCAGCUAAAGAGGGUAAAGAGGUUGACUUGUCUGGGCAGGGUAUCGAACCCCUCGUGUUACCUACUGAAGUUGGGAAAGAGAACAUUCGGACUGCCUCAAGUUCUAUUUCAGCCGGUGAUGAUGAGGAAUGGAUUGUUGAUAACAAUGAACAGUUGCAGGAGCAAGAAGAAUAUGAUGAGGAUGAAGAUGGAUACCACGAAGAAGAUGAAGUGCAUGAAGGAGAUGAUGGCAAUAUUGACCUGACUCGAGAGUUUGAUGAAUUGCAUCAUGAGGAUAACGAGUCGCCUGAUUUGAUGGACAACUUGGUCUUAGGCUUCAAUGAGGGGGUUGAGGUUGGCAUGCCAAAUGAUGAGUUUGAAAGAAGUUCCGGGAAGGAGGACUCUGCAUAUGGAAUAACACAGAUAUCUGUUGGCUCUGUAGAAGAAAAGGUGUCUUUUGAUGGGAUACAUAGUGAUAGAAAUACCCUUAAAUCCAUUGACGCCCCUUCCCAAGGGAGUUUAGAUAGUUCUUCUAGAAUCUUCAGGGAAACUGAGAAGGCCAUGCAGGAUCUGGUGAUUCAGCCUAAUACUGCUCCUCAAGCAUCAACAACAUCUGAGCUAAUGGAUCGUGUGGAUGCUACUGGUAACACUGGUGUGUUGGCGGAGCAGACUCUUCCCUAUUCUGUCAGUAUGGCUUCCCAUUCAUAUUCUGGUCAGAGUGUCAUGCCUACUGCUUCUGUUCCUAAUCAGGCUGAAGCACCUAAUAAGCUCCAAUUUGGGCUGUUCUCAGGUCCUUCUUUAAUACCAUCUCCUGUUCCAGCCAUACAGAUUGGUUCUAUACAGAUGCCUCUUCAUCUGCAUCCUCAGGUUGGGCCAUCCCUCACCCAAAUACACCCAUCACAACCUCCUCUCUUUGGUCGGUUAAGGUAUACAUCUCCUAUUUCCCAGGGAGUGCUGCCAUUGGCUCCUCAAUCUGUGUCUUUUGUCCAGCCAAACAUUCCAGCCAACUUCUCCCUGAACCAGAACCCUGGAGUCCCUCAGCCUGUUCAGGCCAGUCAAGACACUUCUGCACAUAAUCUAAUGAAAAACGAAGUGUCAUCACUUUUGGAUAACCAGACAGGUCUUCCAAGGUCCUUGGAUUUAUCACAUGGGAAUGUGUUGAAAGAGGAAAGUUCCAUACCAGCCAGAGAAAGCAGAACAAGUGUUGUGACACAGCAUGAUCAUGUAGAGAUGUCAAAUAUUGGUGAUAAAACAGCCAGGUCCGAGUCAUGUUUCCCUUCAGAAGACCAGGGGCUCCAGAAUUCGGUUCGUAGAAACUUUAAAGCAUUAUCUCUUAAACAAUCAGAAGUUGAGCUAAAAACUGUUCUGGCAUCAUCUCAGUCAGUUUCAAAAGAGAAGGAUUUAGGUGGGUUAAGGGGCCAAACUUAUAGUAAUAGGGGGAAAAAGUAUGUCUUUACAGUUAAAGGUUCUAACCCAAGAUCAGCUCUUGUUGCUUCUGAGGCGUCUCGCCAAGAGUCUACUGGAUAUCAAAGGAGGGCUCGACAUCCUAGAACAGAGUUUAGAAUUAGGGAAAAUUCUGAUAAGAAGCAGUAUUCUGGAAUGGUUUUUUCAAACCACCUGAAUCAAGUGGGGCCGGAUGAUAAGUCAGGUGCCAAUGGAAGGAGUACUGGAUUUUCCACAAGAAAUGCGGCGAGGAAAGUUGUUUUGGUGAAUAAAUCAAAACAGACAAUUGAAUCAGAAUGUUGCAAUUCAGCUCUGGUCAGUUCCCAGGAGAUAGAUUCUCGGAACAUGAAUGACAAGGGAUUGGGAAAAGAAUCAUUGAUGAGGAGUCAGAAUAUCCCACACUCUGGGGAAGGUAAUCUUAAGAGGAAUAUUGAAGAGGAUGUGGAUGCUCCUUUGCAAAGUGGCAUUGUGCGUGUUUUUGAGCAACCUGGAAUAGAAGCAGCCAGUGAUGAAGAUGACUUCAUUGAGGUCAGAUCAAAGAGGCAAAUGCUGAAUGACAGGCGUGAGCAGAGAGAAAAAGAAAUUAAAGCAAAGUCCCGGGUUGCAAAGCCACCACGAAAACCUCGCUCAAUCCCACCAAGUUCCACUGUCUCAGCCAGGUCAAAUAGAAAUUCUGCUUCAGCAAGUGGAGAAGGAACCAGCAAAGUUCGCUCUGAUUUUGUUGCUACUGAUGGACGUAAUCUGGCAAAUAGUGAAUUAUCAGCAGGAUUUGGUGCAACUAUAGUAUCCCAACCCUUGGCUCCAAUUGGUACUCCUGCCAUUAAAACUGAUGCACAAGCUGAUAUAAGAUCACAGGCAGUGAAUUCUCUUCAGACAACCUCCCUUCCGGUGGCGUCGGGUGGUGGACCAAACCUAGUAUCAGGCUUCAUGUUUGAAAGCAAGAAUAAGGUUCAUCAUAAUGUUCAGACAUCCUUGUGUUCGUGGAGUAAUUCAUGCAUUAAUCAACAGGUAAUAACAUUGACACAGACCCAACUUGAUGAUGCUAUGAAGCCUGUUCAAUUUGAUACUUGUGCUCCUGUUGGAGAUUGCACUAGCUCAGUUACUGACCCCAACAUGCCAUCCUCAUCCAAAUUAUUGAAGGGCAAGUCACUUUCUUCUGCUGCAAGUCCAAUAAAUUCUUUUUUUGCUGGAGAGAAAAUACAAUUUGGAGCAGUUUCAUCUCCGACAGUUCUUCGUACUAGCAGCCAUACCGUUUCACAUGUGAUUGGCCCUCCAGGUCCAUCUCAAUCUGAAAUUCAUACACCCCUCCAUCUUUCUAUGGCUGAGAACAAUUGCACCCAUUUUGAAAAAGAGAAACAUUCAAAUGAAUCUUGUGUUCAUUUGGAAGACUGCGAGGCUGAAGCUGAAGCUGAAGCAGCUGCCUCAGCUGUUGCUGUUGCUGCCAUAACUAGUGAUGAGAUCGUUGGGAAUGGAAUGAGUACCCACCCCGUUUCUGUUGCAGAUAAUAAAGGUUUUGGAAGUGCAGACAUUGAUGUUAUCACUAUAGGUGAUGGUGGUCAGGAAUCAAGUCAAAAUAAGGCGGAAGAGUCUCUCAGUGUUUCUCUUCCUGCAGAUCUUUCUGUUGAGAACCCACCAAUUUCUUUAUGGCCACCUUUACCUAGUCCACAGAAUUCUUCAAGCCAGAUGAUUUCCCAUUUUCCAGGGGGCCCUCCUUCGCACUUCCCCUUCUAUGAAAUGAGCCACAUGAUGGGGGGACCAAUCUUUGCCUUUGGACCACAUGAGGAAUCUUCAUCUACCCAAUCGCAGUCUCAGAAGAGUAGCACACCAGCUUCAGGUCCCUUAGGGACCUGGCAACAAUGCCAUUCUGGAGUAGAUUCAUUCUAUGGUCCUCCAACAGGAUUCACUGGCCAUUUUAUCACCCCACCAGGAGGUAUCCGUGGAGUUCAAGGCCCACCACAUAUGGUUGUCUACAACCAUUUUGCUCCAGUUGGACAGUUUGGACUAAGUUUCAUGGGUGCAACCUACAUUCCAUCUGGAAAGCAACCUGACUGGAAGCACAACCCUGCUUCUUCUGCAAUUGGUGAAGGGGAUUUGAACAAUUUAAAUAUGACAGCUUCACAGCGAAAUUCUACCAACAUGCCUGCUCAAAUCCAGCAUCUUGCCCCAGGGCCUGGGUCACCUCUUCUGCCGAUGGCAUCUCCACUUGCCAUGUUUGAUGUUUCUCCUUUCCAGACCACACCAAGCAUGUCGGUCCAAGCUCAUUGGUCUCAUGUUCCUGCAUCUCUGCAGUCUGUUACACCAUCAAUGCCAUUGCAGCAACAGGCAGAAGGUAUACUACCUUCUCAGCUCAGCAAGGUGCUUCCUGUUGACCAGUCAUUGACUAGCAACAGUUUUCUGGAGUCCCGAACAUCAACAUCCUCUGACAGCAGUCGGAAAUUUCCUGUGGCAACAGAUGCAACCAUCACGCAGUUGCCUGAUGAACUAGGGCUGGUGGAACCAUCUCGCUCUACCAUUGCUGCAGCUUCAGCACAAGAUAGUGCUAAGAGCUCAUCCCAAACCACAGUUGUAGAUGCUGGCAAGACUGAUGUCGAAAAUGGUGGUGGGAUUAGAAAUAGUGGCCAGAGCACAAAUCCGGUACUAAAAGUUCAGUCUUCCCUGCAAAAUAACAAAUCAUCUACCCAGCAUUACAGUAACUUCCCUGGGUAUAAUCAUCAGAGAGGAAGUGGGAUUCUGCAAAAGAACAGCCCGGGUGCAUGGACCCAUCGUAGAAUGGGUUUCCAAGAUAGAAACCAAUCGAUGGGUGGCGAUAAGAACUUUCCCUCUUCAAAGAUGAAGCAGAUUUAUGUGGCUAAACAGACUACAAAAGGGACUUCAACAUCAUGAUGAUGAUAGGAAACUACGCUUCUCAGACCUCAAAUUGAAAGAGAGAAUCAAAGGGUGGAACAUUUCUUUUCACCAGAUGUCAACUCUUUUGUUUUAUUUUGUUCCUUUUUUUUUUUUUUUUGGUUUUUUUGUGGCUAAGCUAAAUGUCUUGGGUUAGCUAAAUGUCUUGGCUAAGCUAAGUGGACUGGUGAGUGCUGAGUUUUGGAAAUUUACCAGUAUCUAUCAAAUAGCUACUCUAGUUUUUCUGAUGACUGGUUGGUAAAGAGCAGUUUUGGUUUUGUUUUUGAAGUUGUCUAGCCAUGAAGAGAUGGGCAUUUGGUCAAUUCAGUAGUUUAAUUAGUUGCUGCUGGCCUUGUAGAUUCUACGUAGUGUUUGUCUGAAGGAGGUGGAUAGAUUGGUGGGUACACUCUCGUGCUUCAUCACUCUUACAUGUCAUUUUCUUAGGUUCAUAAAUGUUUAGGGAUUUGAUGUAUUAAAACUUGAUAAUAUGAAGGAUCCAGCUGUUUU